GCGGGCGGCGGGGAGGCGUUUUGCGGGGAGCAGAACGCGGAAGCGGCCGUGCGAGGAGCGGCGCCCCCCCGCCGCCGCCAUGUCCUCCGACUUCGAGAGCUACGAGCAGGACUUCGCCGUGCUGACGGCCGACAUCACGGGCCGCAUCGGCAAGGUGCCCAAGCUGCUCGGAGAUGAGAAGAAGCAGAUGGUUGCAAAUGUUGAGAAACAGCUUGAAGAAGCAAGGGAACUGCUUGAGCAGAUGGAGCUUGAAGUUCGAGAGAUCCCGCCUCAAAGUCGGGGAAUGUACAGCAGUCGAAUGAGAAGCUACAAACAAGAAAUGGGAAAACUUGAAGCUGAUUUCAAAAGGUCACGGAUCGCCUACAGUGAUGAGGUGCGGAAUGAGCUCCUAGGGGAUGACGGGAAUUCCUCAGAGAACCAGUUGAUAAAAUUACGUGAAGAGAGGGCACAUCUGCUCGAUAACACAGAGAGGCUGGAAAGGUCAUCUCGGAGACUAGAGGCUGGAUACCAAAUAGCAGUGGAAACCGAGCAGAUUGGACAGGAGAUGCUGGAAAACCUCAGCCAUGACAGAGAGAAGAUCCAGCGUGCUCGGGAACGGCUUAGAGAAACAGAUGCAAACCUGGGGAAGAGCUCCAGGAUUUUGACAGGGAUGUUGCGAAGGUAAGGCCAAGGAUCAUCCAAAACCGAAUUUUGAUCGUUGUUCUGGCACUCUUCAUCAUCCUCACCACCGCGAUGGCUAUUUAUUUUUCUGUCAAGAGACGCUGAUAUCUUUGUUCUUCACUAAGCAGCAACAAACUGCUUGUUCUGAGUAAUUAAGACAAAGUGGUCACAUGAAUCAUUCUCUUGCACUGACAGAGUCUCCCUCUCUUUCCCACUAUUCAACUCAGGUGCAAGUGGUGUAAAAUAUUUUGUAUUAUUGAUGGCAUAGUUGAUGGCAUGUGGGGUUGAUUAUUUUUCUUAUAUUUUUUGUCUUUAUCUAAGUGUUUCUGGAAUCUUAAUAUUUGUUUUGGGGAGGGCUUGCUCUGGUGUAGAAAGACCUAGUGUGUGUUGAGUUCUACCCCAGACAAUUAGUAUGUAAGUUGGAAGAGUUUAGAGAGGUAAAAGUGGUCUUUGCACUUUUCUUGUGCUAUACAGGGUGUUUGAAUAUCAAGCAGUAUCUGACCUUAUGUGAUACAGAACACAAGUAAAGCACAGACCAAUGAUGUAGAAAGUGAACCUGUCUCCUGUGACUAACUCCUGAUCAUGAAUCAUGGUAAUAGAGGUAAGCUGGUUAAGAACAGCAGGUAGUUUUUAAAAGAGAGCAACCUUUAGAUGAUGUUUAAUAUCUCCUGUGAAUCCAAAACAUUAACUUUUUUUUUUUUUAAUUUAAUCUUUCUUUUCUGCGUAUUCAAAACACUUCCAUCAAGAUUGUGAUAAAGCAUCACUUGCCCAAAAAGGUAGUUGUGACCACAGUCCAUCUGUUGAAUCAGUUUCAAACCUUCCAAUGUUGAUAUGAGUACUGAUAAGUGCACACACUAGAUCUUUAUUAAAGUUGUACAAAGAUACUUACCUAUUCAUUGCUGAUUGAAAAGAGAUCCUAAAUAAUAGUUUAGUGGCAAACACUUGACUACCAUUAAACAAAAAUCUAGAUUUUGCAUAUUGGCCUGUGUUGACACUUUGUGUUGAAAAUGUUUUUAGUGUAUUCAAUUCUGAUGUGAUAUUCCCCCUUUUAAACAGAAACUGUAAAAAUGUUAAUUUAUACAUGCUUUUAGCUCAUACAAUAUAUCAGAAUUUCAUCUUCUAGGCUGCCUGCGUGUAAAUGAGCUGUGUUUCUCUUUUUCUGUUGGCUGUACCUCUCCUAUAGAUAUGUGUGGGUUAUUUUGCUUAUAAUUAAGCUUAUAGCUCCAGCAAGGGUCAUUUUCUGGUGAUGUAGUAAAGUAAUUUUCUUGAUAACUUUUGAACUCAUUGUACGUAAUCCCUUACAAAUACUACAGUUUGAGAGGGAUUUUAUGCUCUUGAAUUUAAGCUCUAAAAUGCUUUCGUGAAACAAAAAGCUGACAGCUUUCAAACUCCCCCAAAAUUAAGGAGGAACUAAGCACCAAAUUUUCAUGUGUGCCUUAUAUCUUUUGGGGUUUCAGCGUCCCUGAGGUCUCUGCCAACUUGCUGUGCUGUCUCUGGAACUUGAUUUGGGGAUAAAAACCUAGGAGUUGAUUUUGGCCCUACAUGUGGCCUAUCUCUUUCUAUGUGGAAAUUAAUAACCCAGCUUCAAGGACGUUGUUAUUGAUACUAUAGCUAAGACCUAGAAGCAUGGUGAUAAAUGGAGAAUAAAAGGAUCCAGAAGAAAAAUGGUAGUCACUAAAACAAGUUGAGGCAUGUAUGGUCAACUGUGGGUUUUGUGUUUCACGCAACUUGUGUCUAAGUUCAAAAGAAAUUUCUACGCCAGGUUUCUCCUCCUGCUCAUAUCAAUGGCUGUAGGGUUGGGCUGGUACAAAAGUUCCUGGGUAGUCCAAAAUCACGUUUU